AUGGGAAGUAAGGGCUCUGGAAAAGAUACUUCAGAUUCUAAAGAGAUACGUGACCUGUUCAGGGCGUUUGAGAACUUCAAGCGUGAUUUCCGGGUAGAAAUGAAGGAACUGAAAGAGGGAGUGUCUUUUUGUUCUGAUGUAUGCAAUGAUGUUAAAGACGUUGCAGAAGAUAUCAGGACAUUAAGGCAGGAAAUAAAGGAACUGCUUAGUGAAAACAGGAAACUAAAGACAGAGAAUGAGCGCCUGUCGAAGAAGUGUGAUGAGCUAGAGCAGUAUCAGCGUUCAAAUAACCUGGAGAUUAAAGGCAUACCACCUGGUAGUGAUGCUCUCAGUAUUCUUCAAAAGAUUGGGGAUAGCGUGGGUGAGACCGUUGACACGUCAGAUAUUGACAUUUGUCACUGGGUUCGCACGCCAAAACCUACAAUUCAGAACAUUCUUGUUCGGUUCGUCAGGCGUGGAAAGAGGAAUGAUUUUCUGGCUAAAUGUAGAAAGAGGAGAUUAGACACUUCAAUGCUUGGUCUUAGACCAGGGGCUGCUAUUUUUGUAAAUGAGCACCUAACUCAAGCUAACAAGGCGCUGCUUUCAGCCGCCAUCCAAAGGAAAAAGGAAAAACAAUGGAAGUUUGUCUGGACUUCUGGUGGUAGAGUGCUUGCCCGUAAGGAUGAAUCUUCUGCUGUGGUUAAUGUGACCUGUCAAGAUGACAUAGAAAAAAUGUGCUGA